AACCAACCUCCUCCUCCUCCACACUUCUCGUCUUUAACGCUGUUUCCCCAUUCCCGUUAUACCAGCGCAGCGUAUGCUUCUCCAACUCCAACCUCCUUCACGCCGUCAACGUUACUCUCACUCUUUCUAGGAUCUCUCUGAUCGAUAAACACGCUCUUCCCUUCCUUAUAAAAUAUUAUUAUGUCUCGCGUUGUCGCGGAUAAAUUCUCUACCAAUAAAGAUACGUCGCCGUUUUAUACUCAGGCUAUGGAGCUUCAUCACCUUUCCUCACGUGCCGAUAACGGCGCGUCUCCCUCUCUUGUCCAGAUGUUUAAUCGCGUUGGUGAUGUUCGGAGAGAAACUACUGGUGAUGGAAGUGAAACGCCGGUUCACCAAGUGCUUGAACUCGCUGAUACAAAUACGGAGGCGCCUAGGUCUAUUCCUUUCAUUCUCUCGUUCAAUAAUCUGACCUACAACGUCAAAGUCCGCCAGAAAAUUACGUUAUCGGGUAUACUCAAUCGGCGUCGCCACCAUCACCUUGGACCUGUCACCUCUGCGGAGCCAGCUGUUGGAGAAAGUAUAUUCACUACAACGAAGACUCUACUCAGUGACAUCUCCGGUGAGGCUCGCGACGGUGAGAUUUUAGCUGUGCUUGGAGCUAGUGGAUCGGGAAAAUCCACGCUUAUCGACGCAUUAGCGAACCGGAUAGCGAAGGGGAGACUGAAAGGGACAAUAAAAUUAAACGGCGAAGGUUUGGAGUCACGGAUGUUGAAAGUGAUAUCAGCUUACGUGAUGCAAGACGAUUUGCUGUACCCGAUGCUCACCGUCCAAGAAACGUUAAUGUUCUCCGCCGAAUUCCGGCUGCCGAGAAGUUUAUCAAAAUCGAAGAAGAAAAUGCGAGUCCAAACUCUCAUCGAUCAGUUAGGACUGCGAAACGCAGCUAAUACAGUCAUCGGAGACGAAGGCCACCGAGGGGUCUCUGGAGGAGAAAGACGCCGUGUUUCUAUUGGAAUAGAUAUAAUCCAUGAUCCGAUUUUACUGUUUUUAGAUGAACCGACGUCAGGUUUGGACUCUACCAGUGCGUUUAUGGUGGUGAAGGUUUUGCAGAGGAUAGCACAGACUGGGAGUAUAGUGAUCAUGUCCGUACACCAGCCGAGUUAUCGGAUUCUUGGUUUGCUUGAUCGGUUGAUAUUUCUGUCACGUGGCCAAACCGUUUACAGUGGACCUCCGAUGCAUCUGCCGUCGUUCUUCGCCGAUUUUGGUCAUCCGAUACCUGAAAACGAGAACCGGACAGAGUUUGCAUUGGACCUCAUUAGGGAACUUGAAGGGUCUCCAGGAGGAACUAAAAGCUUGGUGGAGUUCAGCAAAUCAUGGCAGAACAUGAAGCAUACUCCAAAUACUGAACCAGACCGCCAUGGAUUGUCGCUGAAAGAAGCAAUAAGCGCAAGCAUUUCAAAAGGGAAGUUGGUCUCCGGAGCUACGAACAAUGACGCAGCCUCAAAUUCAACAGUGCCCACAUUUGCCAACCCAAUUUGGAUUGAAAUGGCAGUUUUAUCGAAAAGAUCAGUGAUCAAUUCAAGAAGAAUGCCGGAAUUGUUUGGAACUCGAUUUGCUUCACUUUCGAUUACAGGGUUCAUUUUAGCUACCGUGUUUUGGCAUCUAGAUGAUUCACCAAGAGGGGUUAAAGAAAGACUAGGAUUUUUCGCAUUUGCCAUGUCCACCACAUUCUACACUUGUGCAGAUGCUCUUCCAGUUUUCCUCCAAGAAAGUUACAUUUUCAUGAGAGAAACUGCUUACAAUGCUUACAGAAGAUCCUCAUACGUGCUAUCUCAUGCGCUGGUUUCAUUACCUUCAUUGAUUUUCCUCUCAUUUUCCUUAGCUGCCAUUACAUUUUGGAGUGUGGGACUCGACGGAGGAUUCUCUGGUUUCUUGUUCUAUUUCUUAAUCAUCUUUGCCUCCUUCUGGGCUGGAAGCUCGUUCGUUACAUUUCUAUCCGGCGUCGUUCCUCAUGUUAUGCUCGGUUACAUUAUAGUUGUGGCAAUCUUAGCCUAUUUCCUUCUCUUCAGUGGCUUCUUCAUCAACCGUGAUAGAAUCCCACCUUAUUGGAUUUGGUUUCAUUACAUGUCUCUUGUGAAAUACCCCUACGAAGCAGUGUUGCAAAAUGAAUUUCAAGAUCCCACCAAGUGUUUUGUAAGAGGCGUUCAAGUUUUCGACAAUACUCCAUUUGGAUCAUUGCCCAGUUCAGUGAAAGAGAAAUUGCUUCAAACACUGAGCACUACAUUGGCGAUGAACAUAAGCAGCUCCACCUGCGUAACUACAGGAUCAGACAUACUGAAGCAAGAAGGGAUAACAGAUCUAAGCAAAUGGAAUUGCUUGUGGGUGACAGUGGCUUGGGGAUUCUUGUUCAGAAUUCUAUUUUACUUGGCUUUGUUGCUGGGAAGCAAGAACAAGAGAAGGUAAAUGAUAGUAUAAAUUGUGUAAUUUGGCUUUAGAAUUUGACCGUGGUGUAAAACUGUUGCAUAUAUCAGCAUAGUUUAUAAUAAUUUUUUUUUAUAUAUAUAACAUCACCUUCAUAUCUACGGCUCAACUUCUCUAUUUCUAAUUAAGAUAAUAAAGUGAUUAUAUAUUUCAU